AUGGAUGGAUUCUCGGCAUACAAUUUUCUUCACGACUACACGAAGAUUGUGCGCGGCUGCCAGGAGUUCUUCCCCAAUCCCUGUCCCGAUCGAUCGCGCUUGCUUCCUCGAUCGCCCCCUCACACCUCCUACGAUCACAAGGAAAUGCAGCGGCUCACAGAGAUUCCCCCAAAAGUUCUCUUCGAUCCACGCUCGUUCUCUCCGGAGCUCGAUCACACAAACCUCGCGUUUAAAGUCCUCGAAUUCACGGCCGGGAUGAUCCAGAGCCUCAAGAACACGGUCCUGGGAUCACAAUGGAUCAAGCGUCCCUCCACGUUCGAGGUCCUAGCAGCUCACAUCUGGCAGGCAAGAACCAAAUCGAUGGAUCAUCUUGCUCCAGGCGAUCCAUCGAAGCUCUUCCUGGUCACGAGCACGCGAGGCAAGCUCGAUCUUCCGGAGAAUUUCUGCGGGAAUGCUGUCGUGGGGGCGAGCUGCGUGGAUGCCACGGCGGGAGAGAUUCGCCGCCAAUCUCUCGCGUUUUGCGUCGAUCGUGUCCGGCGAGCGCUGGCAUCUACUGGAACCGAGGAUUACAUUCGGUCGCAGAUAGAUUGGUGCGAGCUCCACCGCGGGAUGAUCGACAUUCCGGGAGGGACGAUCAUCACGCCGUGGUGGAAAAUCCCCUUCCAGGACCUGGAUUUCGGCUUUGGGAGGCCCAGCUACGUGACGCCGGUGGUGAAUGAUCGCGCGGAGUUCGUGGUGAUCGUCUCGAACUGCAAGAACGAUGGUGGGCUGGGCGUGUUCUUGGCUAUGGAGAAGGAGCGAAUGCCAUCGCUAGAAGCAAAUCUAUUGUCCUGUUUUUAG